AGAACUUAGGCACUAGGACCCUGCAGGUGCCUCUCUGUGAUAUUUCAGCAAUGUUCAGUGCGGUCGGACGACUUGCAUCAGCAGUAGUGAUACGGUACCUGCAGCAGCGUCCCUGACGCGCAGAGGCUGCCCACCCUCCACUCACAGCAGGGGAGAAUUACGAAAUUAUUGGUUUGAGACCCAACCGCCAGCCCACGGUCCUCGGAGAAAGAUACUUUUGUUUACCAUCCCAUGGCUUCAUCCGUCAGUGGAACGGAGGAGGUGCGCGUGUCGGCGUUGACACCGCUGAAGUUGGUGGGCUUGGUGUGUGUCUUCCUUGCGCUAUGCCUGGAUGUCGGAGCCGUGUUGAGCCCCGCGUGGGUAACGGCGUAUAACCAGUACUACCUGUCUCUGUGGGAGUCCUGCUGGAAGCCUGUCAACUCGGACACAUGGCAGUGCAACACAACGCUCGAGACUGACUGGCAGAUUGCCACGUUGGCCCUGUUGCUGGGUGGUGCUGCCCUCAUCCUGUUCUCCUUCCUGGUGGCUCUGGUGUCAGUGUGUGUCGGCUCCAGGAGCCGCUGCUACAGACCUGUCGCUGUCCUGCUGUCCGCUGCAGUGGUGCUUCAGGUCUGCAGUCUGGUCCUCUACACCAUUAAGUUCAUUGAGACGGUCAGCUUGAGGAUAAACCACGAGUUUAACUGGGGCUAUGGCCUGGCCUGGGGGGCCACCAUCUUCUCUUUCGGAGGGGCCAUUCUCUAUUGCCUCAACCCCAAGAACUAUGAAGACUACUACUAAACCCUGCAAGAGGAGAAGAGAGCCCUCUACACAACUUCAUGUCCCCCCCCCCCAACCUCACUGUGAUAGCAGGCUAUGCUCUGAACUUAGUCUGGUUUAUAUAACUGUUAGAGAAAAUGAAUAAACAACAGUAGUGUCUAUAGGCUCCAUUCAGACCAUCAUACAAUUGUACUGUACCAGAUGGUUGGCUCACAGGCUUAAAGGGACACUCUUACUCACAUUAUGAUGUUGUGUUCUCCAAGGGAAUCUCAGCCUGUGUUGUGACUGAUGUCUGCUAUAGGCUAAGUGGUAAGGCUGAAGAGCCAAUCAGACAGUUCAAUGGAAUCCUAAUGUCCAAUCAGAUACAUCAGUGAAACCAUGUCAGGUCCCCUUUAUGAUAGGAACUUCAGCAGGAGUUGGCAGGCACAAUGCUGUCAGUAAUGACCAAUCAAAGAAGGGACCGGUGAGAGUGAUGGACAUAGACCAAUCAGAGAGCAGAAGGAUAGUCCAGGUGGACAGAUUGAUCUUGAAGAGGAAAGCUGUAGAAUACGAGACUCACCUAAGGAAAGGAAUCAAGGAUGCAUACCUUCACCCCACUAACAUUAUGAACAAAAAUACAAACGCAACAAUUUCAAGGAUUUUACUGAGUUACAGUUCAUAUAAGGAAAUCUGUAAACUUUAAUUAAUGAAUUAGGCUCUAAUCUAUGGAUUUCAUUUGACGCCAGGGGAGCAGCCAUGCGUGGGCUGGGAGGGCAUAGGCCCAUCCACUUGGGAGGCAGGCCCACCCACUGUGGUGCCAGGCCCAGCCAAUCUGAAUUAGUUGGCCUUUUAAAGUCCCCCAGCACAAGGUGCACCUGUGUAAUGAUCAUGCCGUUUAUUCAGCUUCUUGAUAUGCCACACCUGUCAGGUGUAUCUUGGCAAAGGAGAAAUGCUCACAAACAGGGAUGUAAACAUUUGUGCACAAAAUUGGAGAGAGAUAAGCUUUUUGUGUGUAGGAAACAUUUCUGGGAUCUUUUAUUUCAGCUCAUGAAACAUGGGACAAGCACUUUACAUGUUACGUUUAUAUUUUUGUUCAGUAUAUUUGUGAUUACCUUUGUCUUUCAUCUGUGGUAAUCUAAAAGAGGACUGGAUAGGUUCAGGCAGGCAACAUAGAGGAGUUUAACUAGUGGUUUUCUUUCACAUAUCGGCUUCCCUGUGGCUCAAUUGGUAGAGCAUGGUGGUUGCAACGCCAGCAUGGUGUGUGCAAUGCCAGGGUUGUGGGUUCGAUUCCCACGGGGGGCCAGUACAAAAAAUAUAUAUAAUAAUAAUAAAUGCAUGCAUUCACUACUGUAAGUCCCUCUGGAUGAGAGCGUCUGCUAAAUGACUAAAAUGUAAAUGUAAAUAUCCUGCUCCUCUAGAUCAAUUCAUAUGAAGGGGAGAUGACAAGGAGAGGAAGCCACUAUAGACUAUUGGUACGCGCCCCAAUGCCACAAACAAGAGAUGGUAUAAUUGGUUAGGCCAGAGGUCACGACACAUUCUAGGCAAAGUAUUACUGGUUAAACAUUAGCUCAGGCUACACACACCCAUUAAGUAGCAGUUAGGCAUAAUCCAAGACUGUGCGGCCUAACCCCAGCUGUGCCGGCUUCAGAUAACAGCAGUUGAUAUAACUAUGUACAGUAGUUUGAGUUGGUUUUGUGAGUUUAAUACAGUGUAGUAGAUAAGGUGUGUGGAGGCUGCUGAGGGGAGGACGGCUCAUAAUGGCUGGAACGGCGUCAAACCAUGUGUUUGAUACCAUUCUGCUCCUGCCGUUACCCCGAGCCCGUCCUCCCCAAUUAAGGUGCCACCAACCACCUGUGCACUCACAUACUUCCCAUGUGAUGCCUCUUGGUCCACACUAGCUGUCUCCCAAAUGGCACCCUAUUCCCUAUAUAGUUCACUACUGACAAGGGGCCCUGGUCAAAAGUAGUGCACUAUGUGGGGAAUAGGGUGCCAUUUGGGACAAAGUAGAGCUUAUGUACAAAGGCCUCUUAAUACUGCACUAUUAUAGAAAAUGUUUUGAAUGUACUCUCAUCCAUAACUUAAAAUUAAAGUUAGUCUUUACAUUAAAAACAAUACAUGCAAAUGAAGAUAGAGUAUGAACUCUUUAGGUAGAAAUGUGGGAGUGUAAAGGAGUAGCGAGGUAUGUGUGCUGAGAGUGACUCUACAUCUGCAUUGCCUGCUGUUUGGGGUUUAGGCUGGGUUUCUGUGACAUCAGCUGAUGGAAGAAGGGCUUGAUAAAUAAAGUUGAUUGCUGAUGUGUGUCUGAUGCCUACCGCUUUGUUUGCUAAUACAAUAAAACUGGUCAUGAAAAAGA